AUGCCUCAAAACUUACGAUGGUUUCGCGCAGCGGCGUCCUUCCGGGCCUACGCCCUGAUUUCCUUGCUCGCCCUGAUUUUGCUUCCGACCCGCGAGGGCUUUGCGGCGCACAGGCCCGGAAGAGAAUGGCUGAGUGAAACAGUUCUUUGCGUUCGCUGCACUUCCAGGAAAGACUUGGGCGAGAGGCUGGUCCAAGUCUGCCUGGGGCUGGAAGGUCAGAGCAGGGGGCGCAAGUUGAGCAAUCGUGGAGGCUGGCAGAGCAAAGACUUGAUGCAGUUGAAGUCAGAAGAGUUUCUGGAGUUGAUACAGCUAAUUGAAGAUCCAGCAAAAGAUUACGCGGCAGCGCAGGGCUGGACUUAUCCAUCCGAGGACCCGGACGUGCGGACUCUUGUGCUAGCAGAUGAAAUUUGGGCCAACAUCAACCGGCCCGGUGACUGGAACGCGCGCCACACCCAUGGCAGUCCAGGCAACUCGUUAUUUGCCUCCGGCGUAUUCUACCCGACUGUGCCAGACAGGACAGCCAGGCUACUGCUCUACCCGCAGAGUGGGCCUAUCGCCAUCAGCCCUGAGCCCAACUUACUGGUGCUCUUUCCGCCCGAUUUGCCCCAUGAGGUGGAAUCCGUGGCUGAUGGGGCAGACGAGAGGGUGUCUAUUGCGUUCAACUUGGUGCUGCGUUGGUUGCCUGCUGCCCUGCAGGGCGCUCAUGCUGGGGAGGCCAAGGUGCCAGAGAAGCCGACCACCGACCAAGUGCUGGGGCUUUCUGCUGCGCAUGUAGCGGCAGAGCAGGGGCACGUGGCAGUGCUAGAGGCGUUGGGUAGCGCCAUGGACCUGGCAGCCAGUUCGAAAGUGGGCGUGCCCCUCGAGCUCGCGGCCGCACGUGGCCAUGCGGAUGCUGUGGGCUUCCUGUUGCGUCAUGCCAACUACCACCCGGAGACUCUGAGCGCGGCCCUCUCGAAGGCGGCAGAGCGCGGCUUCCAGCCGGUGGUGGAGAAGCUUUGCCCAAGCUUUUGCCGCCCGGCGCUGGCAGGAGCAGCGGCGCAGGGCCACGCGGAAGUUGUGCGAUACAUGCUGGGUGUUGGGCAGUUGGCGCAGUCGCCAGAUGCCAGGACUGCCAUGCAGGAGGCCGCCACGCGUGGCCACGCUGAGGUGGUGGAGCUGCUGCUGAGCAAAGGCGUAGAUUGUGUCGCAGACAGCUCUGGGCAGACGCCGCUGCACAACGCCGCAUCUGGCGGUCACUUGGAUGCGGUGCGCCUGCUCUUGGAGUUCUGCGACCCGUGCGCAAGAGAUAAGCAGGACGCAAGCCCUUUGCACUGGGCGGCCAUGCAGGGUCACAGGGCCGUGGCCAAGGAGCUGGUGGCCGCGCGUGCUGAUGUGAGCGCCAUGUCUUUGGGAAGUCUCCCUGGGCAGCCUCUUCACUGGGCAGCUCGUGGAAAGCACGCAGGUGUGGUGCAGGCAUUGGUGCAGAUGAGGGCGGAUGUUGGCAGUACCGAGGUGCGAAGCUCGAUCGAGCCCCCGCUGCCUGGAGAAGUGCUGAUUCGAUUCGGAGAUGUUCUUGCAUGCACCCACAAGGCGGAAGUGUUGACCAAGCGCAAAGUGCCCGCCACGGCUGCUGGUGAAGAUGGAACUUCUCCUCUGCACAUUGCUGCGCGGGUAGGCGACCGCAAGAGUGCGGACAUUCUUUGCGACUCUGGUGCUGGCCUGGACGCUGCAGACUUUACGGGCGGCUCGGCGCUGCACUGGGCAGCUGCCAACGGCCAUGACGAGCUUGUUGCAGAUUUGCUGCGGCGAGGCGCGCAGCCCUCUGCUGAUGUGAGUGGGGCGUCUCCCUUGCAUGACGCUGCCUGGGGCGGCCACACUGGCGCUGUCAAGGCUCUGCUCCACGGAGGUUUGGCGGUGGACGCUGUGGACGCCAAAGGCCGCACAGCGCUGCACGCGGCCGCGCUGCUGAGCCAGGACAAAGUGGCCAAGCUGCUGCUGCAGCACGGGGCCACGCAGCUGCCAGAUGAUCAGGAUCGGCGUCCUGCGGACCUGGCCCAUCAGGCGUUGGAGCUGGCCAAAAUCAUCGCCAAAACCAUGAACAAGGAGUACGGUCAAGCGCUGCUGCAGCAAGCAACACAGGUGCUAGAUCUCUUAGAGGAAAAGUGU